AUGGUUGUUCGUAAAGACGAUUCUCUUCAGUCUAUUAGUGUACAGUUGGAUGGGAAAAAUUAUUCGUAUUGGAGCUAUGUGAUGAAAAUUUUUUUGAAGGGAAAAUCGAUGUGGGGUUAUGUUACGGGUACGAAAAUGCCACCUACUGAUAAGGCUGCAGAGACUUAUGCAACAAUGCUCGAUAUUUGGGAGGCCGAUAACUCGAAGAUCAUCACGUGGAUAAAAAAUUCUGUCACACAUUCGAUUGGGGUUCAGUUGGCAAAGUACGAUACAUCCAAGCACUUGGAAACAGACAUUCGUGCACUCAAGCAGAAUGAUUUGUGUAUCCAAGAUUUUUAUUCCGCCAUGUCUGAUUUGUGGGAUCAGUUGGCUCUUACCGAGUCUGAGGAGUUACGGGUAUUGACACCUUACAUCACACAUCGAGAGCAACAACGCUUAGUUCAAUUUUUGGCUGCUCUUCGAUCUAAUUUUGAGACUUUGCGUGGAUCAAUCUUGCAUCGGAACCCUUUGCCUUCAGUUGAUUUGGUUGUCCAUGAGUUGAUAGCCGAGGAGAUACGAAUCAAGACUCGACUUGACAAAGAGCAUAACCCAACAUCUACUUCAUUCGUUCUUGCAACUCCACAUAAUCCCUCUAGUAAUCAUCCGAAUCGAUUGAACUCACGAGUGGCUAUGGAUGAAUGUGCUUUCUGUAAGAAAAAGGGUCACUGGAAAGGCCAAUGUCCUUUGUUAAUCAAUAAAGGUAAACAACCGCACCAACAACAACAAUCGCAACCACAACAGCAAUCACAAAGACGCCCUCAACAAUUAUCAUCUCAUUUGCCCCAUGGAAACCUACAAGUCAAGCAUUCCAAGCUAGUAGUGUAUUGA